GCUCGCUGCUUGUGACUAAUGAUGCACACUCCUUUUUUUUUUUUACUAAAAUAAGUAUUUUAUAUAUUACGAAUACGAAUACUCUCACCAUGUUUACAUCUUUCUCCCAAACAGUGGAAUCAGAAAAUGGAGACGAAAAUUUGAGAGGGAUAGGGAGAUGCAUCGCCGAGAGGCCCUCCUCCUCUUUCCCGAUCUAGGGUUUUUCCUAGUGUUUUUUCUCCUCGCCAUCGCCCCCUUCCAUGCCCUUGCCUCGAUCCACGAGUACACCAACGAAGCCUUCUUUCCCCGGUCCAAUUCCUUCUUCUUCCACGGCGGCAGCGAGGGCCUCUACGCCUCCGAGGUCAAUCUUCGCUCCCCCACCUCAGACGGCAAAUCCCUCAUCCGGUUUGAGUCAAUAACUUUCCGGAGGACGAAAGAGUCAGCAUCACAGCAUCAUGCUAUGCAACAAAAGACUGGAUUGGUGGAAGCUAUAAUUGUCGAAGUUCAAGACAGGGAUAUGAUUGGCGGUACAUAUUUUAACUCCAAUGUUAUAUGCUGUACUCCUGAUCUACAUAAAGAGAAAUCUUGUAAAGCAGGGGAAGUAAUUAUUCGUCCAAAUCCGGAUAAUCCGGAUUGGCCAAAACGAAUUCAGACAUUUUUUGAUGGGACCAAUGUAGAGGCAAAUAUGAUAACUCAAACUGUUUUCGUAAACAGAACUGGAAUGUACUACCUGUACUUUAUGUUUUGUGAUCCACAACUUAAGGGCACUGUAAUCAGAGGCAGAACUAUUUGGAGAAAUCCACAAGGAUAUCUUCCUGGAAAAAUGGCACCAUUAAUGACGUUCUAUGGUUUCAUGUCGUUGGCAUAUCUUUUGCUUGGACUUAUCUGGUUUCUCCAAUUUACACGAUUUUGGAAAGAUAUAUUGCAGCUGCACUACCAUAUCACAGCUGUAAUUGCACUGGGCAUGUGUGAAAUGGCUUUCUGGUAUUUCGAGUAUGCAAACUUUAAUUCUACUGGAACCAGACCUAUGGGCAUAACCCUAUGGGCUGUAAGUUUUACUGCUGUCAAAAAGACGGUAUCUCGCCUGCUUCUUUUAGUAGUUGCGAUGGGCUAUGGUGUUGUACGACCAACGCUGGGAGGGAUAACUUUCAAGGUUGCUUUUCUUGGCAUAAUAUAUUUUGUUGCUUCAGAGGCGCUUGAACUCGUUGAACAUUUGGGAAAUAUCAAUGACUUCGCUGGAAAAGCAAGACUGUUUCUAGUGCUUCCUGUGGCUCUCUUGGAUGCGACCUUCAUUGUUUGGAUAUUUUCAUCUCUAUCAAAAAUUUUAGAAAAGCUUCAGAUGCGGAGAAGCAUGGCCAAACUUGAGCUGUAUCGGAAGUUCACAAACUCCCUGGCAAUAUUUGUGCUUCUUUCUGUUGCCUGGAUUGGCUAUGAGUUAUAUUUCAAUGCAAUGGAUCCAUUGAGUGAACUUUGGCAAAGGGCUUGGAUCAUCCCAGCUUUUUGGAAUGUCCUCUCCUAUGCACUUCUUGCAAUUAUCUGCAUUCUCUGGGCCCCGUCGCAAAACCCAACUAGAUAUGCAUAUUCAGAGGAUACAGGUGAUGACUUUGAUGAGGAGGGAGUUUCACUCACAGGCAGUGGUGCCAAGGGAAUUGGAGACAUGGUUAAUAGGAAAACUAUGGAUCAUGUACUUGGGAUGGGAGAUGACAUUGAGGAGGAUAAACGAGAGUGACAUAUCUUUUACUGCAUCAGGAUUCUGGAAGUGAAUUGCUUGGUACGAACAGUCUUUGAUUUGGCACACCCAAAGCUCUGGAACAUACACUAUGGACUGCGUCAAGAGGAUACAUGAUUAAAUGUUGCCCAUGGAUGUUUGCUGGAAGCAUUUCUUCCCUCAUGAUCCAUAUAAUUGCCUGUUGAGUACCAAUUAUGGAUCAAAAUGAGUUUGAGAUAAAACUAUAGUUGGGUGAGCGUAGGAAGUAGUACUUGUAGAACUGGUAGUCUGUUACCACUCAAAAUAUAUUGUUAAGGGUUAGUGAUCACAUGACAAACACCGUAUGCCCAGCACCCAUGGCCUUGUAAAUUGGGAGAAGAAUGUGCUGUAAUUACCCCUGCAGCCAGUGCAUUCCCUGUACAUAGUCCACCAUCCACUAGUCUUUGCAUUUUUCUAAAGAGUGUUCUGUUUGUGUUAAUUCUUGACCGAGUUGCUUGCUUGAUAUGCAAGUGCCAAACAUUCUGGGUCCAAAACUGGCCUCCGACGGGUGAAUUUGAAGUAUUUCUACGAACACUCGUAAAGGAUGAAGUUCCAUCUCGCUUCUCUCCUCCUUUUUGAUGGGAGGGGCUACUCUCCACCCUCUAUCCUAUACAAACUUCACCACAAGCAGGUCAGAGCCAGGUCCCUGGGCUCACCGAGCCAUUGCUGCGAGAGAUGAUGUUCUGAAAUCGAACACCUGUUGCUUGUCGAAAACAAUGGGAAUUGCACAUUCAAUAUAAAGGUCUGUGGUUAUGUAAACUUGCAAUGUAUUAAAAUUAAUUGCAAGUGCGAUGCAUGGGAUUAUAUAGCAUCUGUAAUCAUGCUUGGUGGAAACAACAAUAUAUGACAGUUCUAGCGCUGGAAA